AAUUCUCACAGCCCGGAGAACAUAACCCCAAAUCUCUCUCUCUCUCUCUCUCUCUCUCUCUCUCAGAUCUGAAUCUCUUGUCGCUCCGAUCUAGCGAAAAGAACAAUGGCGGCGUCCUCGGCGAGGGAUGAGAACGUUUACAUGGCCAAGCUUGCGGAGCAGGCGGAGCGGUACGAGGAGAUGGUCGAAUUCAUGGAGAAAGUCGCCAACGCUGGUGAUAACAAAGAGCUCACCGUCGAGGAAAGGAACCUCCUCUCCGUCGCCUACAAGAACGUCAUCGGAGCACGACGUGCUUCGUGGAGAAUCAUCUCCUCGAUCGAGCAGAAGGAGGAGAGCCGCGGCAACGAUGACCACGUCUCCAUCAUCCGUGACUACAGAGGCAAGAUCGAGACGGAGCUCUCCAACAUCUGCGACGGAAUCCUCAAGUUGCUUGAUACCCGUCUGAUCCCGGGUGCAUCCGCUGGGGAUUCUAAGGUUUUCUACCUCAAGAUGAAGGGAGAUUACCACAGGUACUUGGCCGAGUUCAAAACCGGGCAGGAGAGGAAGGACGCCGCCGAGCACACUCUCAACGCUUACAAAUCCGCUCAGGAUAUUGCUAACACAGAACUUGCUCCAACUCACCCGAUCCGUCUCGGUCUGGCUUUGAACUUCUCUGUCUUCUACUACGAGAUCCUCAACUCCCCUGACCGUGCUUGCAAUCUCGCUAAGCAGGCAUUUGAUGAAGCGAUUGCCGAGUUGGAUACUCUAGGGGAGGAGUCAUACAAGGAUAGCACCUUGAUCAUGCAGCUUCUCCGUGACAACCUCACUCUCUGGACCUCUGACAUGCAGGACGAUGACGAGAUCAAGGAAGCAGCACCCAAGCCUGCUGACGAACAGCCGCCGCAGUAGGUCUGCAACAUUGUUUAUUCAGUAUUUGAACUUCUCCAUGAUAUGUUUUUGUCCGGAGAAGUUUUGUGUUUGUUGUAAGUCUCCUUUGGCUACUUUGAAAACUUGUGAGGGCAAAUGUAUUCUUGCCUUUGUUUUGUUUUCUUAAUCGUGAUGCUUCUGGUUUCGUUUUUCUUUCUCUUGAUCUAUUCCCGUACUUUUUAUCUUCUCUUUGGUUGAUUUCAACCGGAUUUCAAUGAGUCUGUGUAUUGAAUUCACCUACUCUUCCGGACCAUGAAGAUAUAUGGGCUCCUUUGGUCUCUCUA